AUUUCAUAAAAAAUUAUUUUUUAUCAACUACAUUAAAUAUUUUUAAACUAUAGGUUUGAUGAAAUCAGUGAUCAAGAUGUGAAGUUACUGGUGGUUUAGUAUUCUCUGGCAGCCAUGUUGGGCCGCCGUCAGUCAGUUAGGGGUGAGCCCAUCCUCAUAGACUACACUCUCUAUGAGAACGCUAAUGAAAGCUCUGAUCUUGAGUGGAUGAAAAAGCCUGCAGUAACAUGGAUGCUGCACCUGUGCUCCCUGAUAUCGCUGGUCUCGGUCUCAGCUAACACACCCCGCACCUUCGAGAUGCACCACGAGCUGCGAUACAUCACACUCGCUGCUGACCUCUUCGUCACGCUGCUCUUCACCACAGAGAUGAUCAUCAAAAUGCACUCGUUUGGCAUCAUCAGGGGUGACACUCCGUACCUGAAGGACCGCUGGUGCCAGUAUGACGCCAGUAUGGUCUUCUUUCACUGGGUGUCCAUUGUGCUGCACGUGUUCGAGCUGAUGCAGUGGGUGGAGCCGUACGCUGCCCUGUCGGUGCUGCGCGCUCCACGCCCUCUCAUCGUCGUCAGGCUCGUCAGGCUCUUCCUCAUCUUCUCUCUGCCCAAGAGCAGACUCAAGCAGAUCUUCAAACGUUCGAGCCAGCAGAUCACGAACGUGUCGCUGUUCUUCCUGUUCUUCUUAUCGCUGUACGGGCUGCUGGGGGUGCAGCUGUUCGGUGACCUCAGCAGACACUGCGUCCUCGCGUCUAACCGCACCAACUCAUCCGAUGAACCGAUGAGCGAGAUCACGCUGGGGGAGCUGGCGGUGCCUGACACGUUCUGCUCGCUGGACGGGUCAGGCUACCAGUGUCCCAGCAACAUGGUCUGCAAGAAGCUAGACCUCCCCAGCAGCGUCGGCGGCUUCACGGGCUUCAGCAACUUCGGUAAUCUACAUGUAUCUUCACGGUGUACCAAGUGUCCCCACACUGAUAUCAAGUAUCCUCCUACCCUCCACACUAAUAUCAAGUAUCCUCCUACCCUCCACACUAAUAUCAAGUAUCCUCCUACCCUCCACACUAAUAUCAAGUAUCCUCCUACCCUCCACACUAAUAUCAAGUAUCCUCCUACCCUCCACACUAAUAUCAAGUAUCCUCCUACCCUCCACACUAAUAUCAAGUAUCCUCCUACCCUCCACACUAAUAUCAAGUAUCCUCCUACCCUCCACACUAAUAUCAAGUAUCCUCCUACCCUCCACACUAAUAUCAAGUAUCCUCCUACCCUCCACACUAAUAUCAAGUAUCCUCCUACCCUCCACACUAAUAUCAAGUAUCCUCCUACCCUCCACACUAAUAUCAAGUAUCCUCCUACCCUCCACACUAAUAUCAAGUAUCCUCCUACCCUCCACACUAAUAUCAAGUAUCCUCCUACCCUCCACACUAAUAUCAAGUAUCCUCCUACCCUCCACACUAAUAUCAAGUAUCCUCCUACCCUCCACACUAAUAUCAAGUAUCCUCCUACCCUCCACACUAAUAUCAAGUAUCCUCCUACCCUCCACACUAAUAUCAAGUAUCCUCCUACCCUCCACACUAAUAUCAAGUAUCCUCCUACCCUCCACACUAAUAUCAAGUAUCCUCCUACCCUCCACACUAAUAUCAAGUAUCCUCCUACCCUCCACACUAAUAUCAAGUAUCCUCCUACCCUCCACACUAAUAUCAAGUAUCCUCCUACCCUCCACACUAAUAUCAAGUAUCCUCCUACCCUCCANGGUGGGUCUAGGGGGCAGAUCCCCCAGCAGACCACUACACAGGUGCUGUCAGGAGACGACGGCGGCUGGCGGCUGAUGUCAGUAAAUGACAGCAAGACCAAAGGCUGGGCGCCGCAUUUCUGCGUCAAGUACCUGCAGUCUGCGGGCUUCUACCUGCUCAUCAUGGCGGCCAUCAUCAUAGACGCCGUAUGGGCGGCCAGCCUUGUCUUCCGCCAUGACGGUACCGAGCGGGAGGAGGUCUAUAGGAACUACUACUAUGCUGAGUGUCCGGUGUGUCACAAGUGUCCCGUGUUGCAGGUGCUGCGGGUGGUGCGACUCAUCAAGGCGUCGCCGGUGCUCGAGGACUUCGUCUACAAGAUCUUCGGCCCAGGCAAGAAGCUUGGCAGUCUGAUCCUCUUCACGAUGAUCCUGCUGAUCAUCACCUCGUCCAUCUCCAUGCAGCUCUUCUGCUACCUCGACGGCGUGCCUAAGUUCGACACCUUCGCCAUGGCGUUCAUGUCGAUGUUCCAGAUCCUGACGCAGGAAGGCUGGGUCGAAGUCAUGGACGAGACUAUGACUUCCACCAUGAAAAAAGCGACAGAUGGAGUGGCGCCCUUCGUGGCCAUGUACUUCAUCCUGUACCACCUCUUUGUCACCUUGAUCGUGCUGAGCCUGUUCGUGGCUGUGAUCCUGGACAACCUGGAGCUGGACGAGGAGUUCAAGAAGAUGCGGCAGCUCAACGCCAGGAAGCAGAGCGCCGGCAUCCAAGAGACGCUGCCCCUGCGACUGCGGGUCUUCGAGAAGUUCCCCAACCGCCCCACCAUGGCCAAGCUCCACAAGGUCCCCUCCGACUUCUCCCUCCCCAAGGUGGGCAUCAUCGCCUGUAUCAUCAGGUGGGCAUCAUCGCCUGUAUCAUCAGGUGGGCAUCAUCGCCUGUAUCAUCAGGUGGGCAUCAUCGCCUGUAUCAUCAGGUGGGCAUCAUCGCCUGUAUCAUCAGGUGGGCAUCAUCGCCUGUAUCAUCAGGUGGGCAUCAUCGCCUGUAUCAUCAGGUGGGCAUCAUCGCCUGUAUCAUCAGGUGGGCAUCAUCGCCUGUAUCAUCAGGUGGGCAUCAUCGCCUGUAUCAUCAGGUGGGCAUCAUCGCCUGUAUCAUCAGGUGGGCAUCAUCGCCUGUAUCAUCAGGUGGGCAUCAUCGCCUGUAUCAUCAGGUGGGCAUCAUCGCCUGUAUCAUCAGGUGGGCAUCAUCGCCUGUAUCAUCAGGUGGGCAUCAUCGCCUGUAUCAUCAGGUGGGCAUCAUCGCCUGUAUCAUCAGGUGGGCAUCAUCGCCUGUAUCAUCAGGUGGGCAUCAUCGCCUGUAUCAUCAGGUGGGCAUCAUCGCCUGUAUCAUCAGGUGGGCAUCAUCGCCUGUAUCAUCAGGUGGGCAUCAUCGCCUGUAUCAUCAGGUGGGCAUCAUCGCCUGUAUCAUCAGGUGGGCAUCAUCGCCUGUAUCAUCAGGUGGGCAUCAUCGCCUGUAUCAUCAGUGAGGCUAACAACCAGCGCGUGCUGCUGGGGGACUCGGGGCAGAUCCCCCCGCCCGGAGGGAAAGCAGGA